AUGAACGUGAUCCUCGACUUACAAGAUCAAGCGCACAAGCUCUCCUUCUCCCAGCUAAAGGCGUCAAUUGCAGUUCUCGCAUCAACAAUUCAAGGAGAUCAGUCCGAGCUACCGACGGUUGCAAUUUCUCCUUUGAAUCUCAGUGAUGUCCAAGUUAUGCUCAAGUUGAAACAUUCACUGAGCAACCUUGAGUUCCGCAACAAACCUCCGGUUGGGCUGUCUCCGAUCUGUGUUAUUCCUUCUUUCAAGAUCUACCUAGCGCCUCACAAUAGACAAGGAUGGAAGAAGGCUGAGCGAGAACGGACCACGAAAAGGUGGUCAAAUAUCCUGACCUGCGGCUUGUAUGAGUACAAGGUCACCACAAAAUUACCAGUACUUCCGUUAUACUUGGAGUGGUCAGAUGCAGUGAGACCCACGCUUGGGGUGAAUACUGGUAUGGACCAAUUCUAUACCCGGGAGACUAGAUAG